GGAGGGGAAAGGGGAGGGGGUGCCUGGAGAGGCGGCGGCUCGCGCGCCUGCGCAUCCGGCUCCAGGGACCCUAGGUUUUCUAUGGGAUUUCCAAUCUGCAGCAGAGACCUACCGGAGCGUGUUGCGGCGGCGACUGGGCUUGCAAGGCGCGAUCCAGGAGGGAUUUAAGCAGCCCAGAGCUCCACUGGAAAAAAAAAAAAGGAAAAAGAGCGCGAGAGAACCAUACCCAGAGAAGGCUUAACCGUUUUAUCCGAAUUAAAUAUAUAUAUAUACAUACAUUUAUUUAUAGAGAACUGUUGAGUUUUAUCAUUUUCGCUAAGUGACCGUGAGCAGCGCUAUAACUGCAGAAUGGGGAAACAGAAUAGCAAACUGGCCCCCGAAGUGAUGGAGGACCUGGUGAAGAGCACAGAGUUUAAUGAGCAUGAACUCAAGCAGUGGUACAAAGGAUUUCUCAAGGACUGUCCAAGCGGGAGACUGAAUCUCGAGGAAUUUCAGCAGCUCUAUGUGAAGUUCUUCCCAUAUGGAGAUGCCUCCAAGUUUGCCCAGCACGCCUUCCGCACCUUUGACAAGAACGGGGACGGUACCAUCGACUUCCGAGAGUUCAUCUGUGCGCUGUCCAUCACCUCCAGGGGCAGCUUUGAGCAGAAGCUGAACUGGGCUUUCAACAUGUACGACCUAGACGGGGACGGCAAGAUCACCCGAGUGGAGAUGCUAGAGAUCAUUGAGGCUAUCUACAAAAUGGUGGGCACGGUGAUCAUGAUGAAAAUGAAUGAGGAUGGCCUCACGCCCGAGCAACGAGUAGACAAGAUUUUCAGCAAGAUGGAUAAGAACAAAGAUGACCAGAUUACACUGGAUGAAUUCAAAGAAGCUGCCAAGAGUGACCCUUCCAUUGUACUACUUCUGCAGUGCGACAUUCAGAAAUGAGCGGAGUUCAGUGCUAUGGACUGCACAAGAAUAUCAAUGUUCCAUUCAGUCUGCAGCUAUUCACACACACACACACACACACACACACACACAAAUAUCGCUUGGACUACCUAUAAAUGGACUUGCUUCUUGUGUUUGAAACACUUGUGUGCAUGAGAAUGUCAUUUGCUAAUGAAUUUUAAAAGCAUAUAUUAUAAAACAGACAACCUGCCACAA